AUGUCCGACCUUUCUGUUGAUACCGAGAUGGAAAUAGUACCAGCUUCAGAAGAAGUUCCUAUUGAGGCUAAAAAGAGAAUUCACGAGGACGAAGACGAAACCCGGUCCCCUGAUGACGCUAAAAGAAUAAAAAUUGAAGGAUCCAAACGUCCCGAUUCGCCUUGUUCUACUACGCCAGUUCCAACACCUAAAUCUACGACGCCAGCUCCUUCUCCUUCAGGUUCAGCAACGAAAAAUUCUACGGUUCCUACGAAUUCUGCACCACCAACAACUACUUUAUACACUCCUCCUGCGACCGCUACGGUUUUUCCUAAAUCUUCUUGGCUAGAUAAAAUGCCUGCAUUACAUUUAAAUGACGCACAAAAAGCAGCAUUAGAUAAAGCUAAAGCUUUCGCAAAAGAAAUGCAGUCGGUCUUACUUAAUUCCGCUGGAAGUAACCAUUCUCCACCGCCCCUUCCUACUCUUCUUUUAUCGUCUAAUCCUGGAUUGGCUUCUGGAAUAGAUCCUCGAUCUCUUUCUGUGUUAUCACGCAUUUAUGUCGGAUCUAUAAAUUUUGAAUUAACCGAACAACAUUUACGCGUAGUUUUUGGUCAAUAUGGUGCAAUCAAGAGCGUUAGUAUGUCCUUAGAUCCUCUAACCGGAAAGCAUAAGGGAUUUUGUUUUAUCGAAUUUGAAACUCCGGAAGGUGCCUCCUUAGCUCUUGAUUCAAUGAAUGGUGCUGAAUUAGGUGGAAGACAGCUUAAAGUUGGUCGUCCCAACAAUUAUACAGCUGCAACCGCUGCUGACAAUAUAGGAUUGUCUCCUCCUCCAAAAACUCGAAUAUAUGUCUCAAAUGUUAAUGAAUACGUAAGUGAGGAAGACUUACUGAGCAUAUUUGAAUCAUUUGGAAAGAUCAAUCAUUGUGCUUUAAUGCCUGAUCUCAUAACAAGAAAGCAUAAAGGAUAUGGUGAUGAAAAGCCAGCACGUUCUAUUAUUGGCAACCACCGCCUGGACGGUCGAAGUGGUAGUGCUACAUCUGUGUUUAUUGAAUUUGAAGAUGAAUCUUCCGCUAGUACAGCUGUAACCUCUAUGAACAAUUUUGAGUUGGGAGGGUUAAUUCUACACGUAGGGAAGGCAGUUAUUGGAGGACCUCUUAGCGAAGGAAUGAAAGCUAUUGAUAAGUUACCUCCUCUUCCUGCAGGAGCUACUCCACCUCCACCUAUUGUAACAUCACCUUCUGUUUCCGCUGCAGCGGCAGCAGUUAAAGCGCAAAAUGCGGCAGCAAAAAUUGCGGCAGAUCUCGCAGCAAGAGGUCAAACCGCAGUAGAAUCAGUUGCACAAGAAGAGAAUAUGAGUAUCAGUGCCAGUCAACGUUAUGCAAUUAUGCAGAAAUUAGCGAGACAAGAGUCAUCUCCAGUGGUGGUUAUAAAAAAUGCGGUUUCACCUUCUGAAGUUGAUGAUACUUUAGAAGACGAAUUCAAAGAAGAAUGUGGCAAUUAUGGUAGCGUUGAAAAGGUGGUAGUUCAUAUUGAUUCCGAAGAAAUUUUUGAAAGUGAACGAGGGUUGGUUAAAAUUUUCGUACAAUUCGAAGAUGAAAGUGCUGCUGAAAAAGCCAAAGAUAAAUUAGAUGGUCGUUGGUUUGGUGGACGUCGUAUAAAUGCAUCUCUAUUUGACCUUAAAAAAUUCCAAACAGGCGACUAUUCUAAUUGA